GUUUUUCUUCCCUAAUAAACUAAACGUCCCUAAAACCGUACACGAGUUCUGCACUACUUAAAAAAAUAAAAAGGUGUGUCAUCUUGGAGGAGGAGGAGGAGGCCAUUUUGUAGUGAACAUGCCAGUGUUAUUUGUGCGCUCAGCGUCAGGAGCAGGAAGUGGUGCCUUUGUGCUGAUAGCGGAGUGAAAUUGUGUGUGUGUGAGUGUGUGUGAGAGAGUGUGUGUGUGUGAGUGUGUGUGAGGGAUCGGAGCUGGACUACAGACAGAACACGGCUGUUAUCCUGCACUGUUUCUCCUCCUCAUGUCCACACUGCUGGUGUCCCUCGUCUCAGGCUGUUCUGCUGUGAAAUGGAUGGUGAUAAUCUGAAGAGACUGCUACAUUCCUGUGUGGUUGUACUACCAUGAGCAAUUCCACUCCAUCCACAGCUAAUGGCAACGAGAGCACAAAGUAUAAAGGAGAUCGACCGCCCUGUGGCCCCUCUCGUGUCCUUCACGUCCGCAAAGUUCCCCUCGAGGUCUCUGAGGCUGAAGUCAUCUCAUUAGGAAUCCCGUUCGGCAAAGUCACCAACCUGUUAAUGCUCAAGAGCAAAAACCAGGCUUUUAUAGAAAUGGCUUCUGAGGAAUCAGCGAUCACCAUGGUGAACUACUACACCACAGCCACGCCACACGUCCGCAACCAGCCCGUCUACAUCCAGUACUCCAACCACCGCGAGCUGAAGACUGACAACCUGCCCAACCAGGGGAGAACUCAGGCCACACUGCAGGCUGUGAACGCAGUGCAUUCUGGGAACAUGACGCACUCGGCGUCGGCCAGCGACAGCAGCAUGAUGCCUGGUCAGAGUCCUGUCCUGCGCAUUAUUGUGGAAAAUCUCUUCUACCCAGUUUCUCUGGAAGUUCUUCAUCAGAUCUUCUCUAAGUUUGGAACAGUUCUGAAGAUCAUCACGUUCACCAAAAAUAACCAGUUCCAGGCUUUGCUUCAAUACGCAGAUCCUAUAAACUCACAUCACGCCAAACUGACUUUAGAUGGACAGAACAUUUACAAUGCCUGCUGCACACUGCGCAUCGAGUUCUCCAAACUCACCAGCCUCAACGUCAAGUACAACAACGACAAGAGCCGAGACUUCACACGACUCGACCUGCCUUCAGGAGACGGACAGCCCACGAUGGAGCCUGCAAUGACUGCAGCCUUUGGGGCUCCUGGCAUCAUUUCCUCACCCUACGCCGGGGCGGCUGGUUUCGCUCCUGUCGGUUUUCCUCAGGCUGCAGGUCUCUCCAUGCAGGCGAUGCCCGGUGCUCUCGGACCCCUCACCAUCCCCACGUCAGCUGUAGCCGGGCGGAUGGCCAUCCACGGCAUGCCUCCCACCGCCCUCCACUCUGUUCUCCUCGUCUCCAACCUCAAUCCUGACAGUAUAUCACCACAUGGACUGUUCAUCUUAUUCGGAGUGUAUGGAGAUGUUCACAGAGUUAAGAUUCUGUUCAAUAAGAAAGAGAAUGCGUUGGUGCAGAUGGCGGAUGCGACACAGGCCCAGCUCGCGAUGAGUCACCUGAACGGUCAGCGUUUGUAUGGCAGGGUGAUGCGUGUCACCAUCUCUAAACACCAGACGGUGCAGCUUCCUCGUGAGGGUCAGGAGGAUCAGGGACUGACCAAAGACUUCAGCGGCAGCCCACUGCAUCGCUUCAAAAAACCUGGAUCCAAAAACUUCCAGAACAUCUUCCCUCCGUCAGCCACACUGCACCUGUCCAACAUCCCACCUUCUAUUGCAGACGACAUGUUGAAGGAUCUGUUCUCCAGUACAGGAUACACUGUUAAAGCCUUCAAAUUUUUCCAGAAGGACCGUAAGAUGGCGUUGAUCCAGCUAGGCUCAGUGGAGGAGGCCAUUCAGGCCCUGAUCGACCUCCACAAUUAUGACCUGGGCGAGAACCACCACCUCCGAGUGUCCUUCUCCAAAUCCACCAUCUAGCAGCGUUCUCUCAAACCCUCAGCUGUUCUGUUCACGGGUUUAAACAUGAGAGAUGACGCCUGACUGAUGAACCUCUGUAACUAAAGACAUGAUUUAAUAUAAAAAACUUUAAUAAUGAAACGUAGACAAAAAAACAAGAGACUUUGGGUAGUUUUAGAUCUUCUGGGUUUUAAAGUUCUAUAAGGAGUUAGAGACUACUAUAUGACCUUCAGGUAGAGCGAAACUGAAGGUUUUUUUUUUAAAGCUGGAGAAAUAUAAGCUUUGGUUUAAUGCGACAGAGUUCCCGUUUGUAUCUGAUUUAUCUGGCAGCCGUUGCAGCACAGCCAUGGUUUAAGCCGAGCUGCAGCAGAAUCUUCAGAUGGAGAGAGAAUGAUCUCUUUUUUGACUUUGCUGGAGAAGUUUGGAGAUGUUUGUUGUGAACGUGGACGUGAACAUGGAUGUCGAUGUGCCUGUCGUGCUAUUUAACUGUUAACGUUUCACCCAGGUGCUCCAUCCAGCUUUCAGAACUGCAGCCUCACUGGAUAGGCCACGCCCUGUUUGAAUGUUCCUGAUGUCAUCACAAGGUGCCGCUGGGUAAAAACCCUGUAGCGACGUUCCCUCGCCACUGAGAGCUCUCUUUUACGUAGCAGUAAAGUGUCUGUGUGACGGAUGGGGAACAGUUCUGACACUUCGUCAUACGUGCUCGGGAUCUGUGAAAACAUCCUGAAAGAUUUUUUUGUUCUCCUGUGAAAUGGGUUUCAUUUUAAUUAAAAAAAAACAUCAAACGAUGAGACUGUUGUGAAACGUGUGUCGCCUGGUCUGGACCGCUCGGACACUCGUCUGUGAUCAGCUGAGACGUUUUUAUAGACCUCAACGUGCACGAUCAUUCCAGGAAAGCAUGUCCAGCUGUCAAUCAUGCUAGAACACUCCAAUCAGCAGAGCCCGGCUGUCAGGAAGCCCCGCCUCCUGUCGUUUAAUGUCAUUUUGAAUGUGAAUCAUGUAGCCCCCCACCCCAACCACCCCUCGACGAACAAUUAGCUGUGCUUUCUGGUUGCUGAUUGAUUCCCUCUCCAUUCAGUGUCCCUCGUGUAAUCAAAUUCUUUUCCUUUUAACUUUUAUUAUUGUUUUUUUUUAAUUCUUUUUUUUUCCCCAGGUUGCAUCAGAAUCAGAUCAGACCUGAUUUGAUGGAGCAUUUCUCUCUCUCUCUCUCUCUCUCUCUCUCUCUCUCUCUCUCUCUCUCUCUCUCUCUCGCCUUGCUGUCCCACCUCCACAUGUCCAAAUCUAAAAUAAGAAAAGGCAAAAAGAGAGAGAAAGUGCAUCUUUGCGGCACAGGGAGAAAAGCGCUCCUUAGUGAAACACACUGGUUUUAAUGUCAUCCUGUUCCUAGUGUAAUUAAAUUAGGCCAUGGUUUCAAUCAGGGACAGAAAACCGUGAAAGAUCAAAAGUUUCUGUGUCAAUUGUGAUUAAUAGACGUAAAGGAAACAGAGCUGCAUCCUGAUCCUGAAGAAACACCAGCCUGCAGGGUUGCCAGGUCUCAUAAACUGCGUGCGCUGCAGCACUAAUGAGCACUAACCUGAUUCUGAAGCUGGUCAGAAGUUUCGGUCACUAUAGUAACAGCUCAUUCACAGGCAGACAGCAGACGAUGAUUAAACGACUAUAACGACAUUUUCUUUAAGGAGACUCAUAGAACAUUUAUGGAAGGAGUCUCCAGUGUCAGAGGUAAAGCUGUACCAUUUUCCACAUCUUUUUAUGUUGUUCAGCAGUAAAAAAAAAAAAGAACGCAAGGAGUAAAAUCGCACCUGGCAACCCUGACUCAGCACACCCUCAUCCUUAACACAGGACUCCGGGUCAGGAGCAUUCCGUUAGAUUAGAUAAAGAUCAGACUGCUGGUUCUCAGGAUGCAGGAUCAGAUUUAUCACCAAGCCUUAAAAUUCCCCACAGAGAGCCACUAGAUGGCGCUGCUCCUUUUUCCUGAGUAAAUUCUAAUUCAAAACAAAAGGAAAAACAUAUAUAUAUAUAUACUCGGAUCCCAGGACAAGGGACAUGUCUUGUCUGUUUUAUUUAUGUUUUUACUUUUUUUUUUUUACCUGAAGCGAUCGAUUCCACCCUUCACUCACGCUUCUCAAUAGAAAUUGAAUUUUUCUUUGAAGUUUACAGUCUUACCUAAAGCAAAACUAUUCAGGUCUAUUUAUCUUUAACGAUUGUCAAGAUUUUUUGGAGAAAAAAGAAGUUACUUAUUUUUGGUAAUUAGUUCUUUUUUAUGGAGAGAAACAAAACAAAACAAUGGAAAAAAAAAACACUCACCGGGUUUUUGUACCACUAUAAUCAUUCAUGACAUUAUGGUGAAAAGAAAAAAAACAUCAUAUUUACUGUGUAUUUACUUCAUUUUCUUAUUAUGUGCCUUAUAAUGUGUUUAUAAUCAAAAUAGGUUUUAGAAAUAUUACCUAAGAUAUCUUAAGUACUAUUUUGUGCGAUUGGUGAGAGGGUUGAUUUGUUGAUUUUUAUUUGUAGCUUUUUGUUUUCUUGUAGGUUUAUUAUUUUUUUUAGAUGUGUAUUUUUGUGGGGACUCAGUAUUGUGUGUUGUUUUUAUUUGAAUCAUAAAUUAAUGUUUGGUGCUUUUGAAGGCACACUGGAGAAAUCAGAGCGAACAGUUUGGUGUAAAAAUGCUUGGUGUUAUGCUGUGGGUCUCCUCUGUUUGUGUGUGUGUGUGUGUGUGUGUGUGAGAGAGAGAGAGAGAGCGAGAGUGUGUUUGUGUGUGAGAGAGAGUGUGUGUGUGUGUGUGUGUGUGUGUGUGUGUCUGUGUCUGUGUCUGUGUCUGUCUGUCUGUGUCUGUCUGUCUGUGUCUAUUUUGGACUUUUCUUAUUUACUGUAUCUUAUAAUCAGAUUUUAGGGAUGUGGCCUGUUUUGUGCUCUGUAGUGAUUAUUUUUUUUGUUUCUUUAUAUAUUUUUCCCUCUUAUUUGUAAGGAUGUGAAACUGGAUAAAGUUUGCUUGGUGUGUGUGUGUGUGUGUGUGUGUGUGUGUUACUGGUGGUGUAAACGGCGUGACGCUGUAUGCUGUAUCCGUAAAAGCUUUUCAUUUCCACACAGGAGAAAAAGCCAGACUUGUGAUAUUUAACGAGGCACUAAAAGCAGUUCACAUUUUUCUCUCCAUCACAUUCUUUCAUUUUCGGAUUUAUUUCUCAGCUAAAACACAGAUUUCACUUCUGUCUUUUGACUCAGGCAACUUCGUCCCGUGACGUCCGACACGUUCCUGUUCAAAUCCGCCUUCGGUUUUGUUUUUUUCCCCCCGAAUAGUUUUUAUAUCGAAAUUAAACACACAAAUAAUGCAGGACCAAAGUUUAUGUGCCUUUCAUCCAUCUCUCGCUCGUAUGUGUCACUUUCUUCCUGGAUGUAGAUCAGAAAUCAGAACCAACAUCUUCCCCGUUUGCGUUGUUGCAGCUCCACUGAAGUGUCUUUGUAUUUGUUGGGUUUUUAUCUUUUUCCCCUCAAACAGAAGGUGAAGCCAUAUAACACAUCACAGCAUCAUAAAUAAUCCCCCAUGAACGAGCUCCUGCACCGAUACUCAAUGUUUCCUUCAUCAUUCCCUCAAAUCUGCUUUUUACUUGUUCAUGAACAAAGUGUUAAGUACGGUUAAGAUUUCCAUGACAAAAAAAACCAUAAGAUGGAAUAUUCAUCUCAUCUUUACGCAAAUUUAAUUACGAAAGCUUUAUUAUUACCAAAGGACUUUUAACUCUAAUUGGAUCGAUUUAAACUUUUAUUUCUGCAAGCGAGUAAAUGGCAUUUUAUAAAGAGUUAAAUUACGGGUGUGAUGGACGUUUUUGUGCUUUUAUUCUAAAACCUCAACAGUUUGUAAUGGUGGAAUAUUUAUUAAUGAAUAAUCACCUGCUGUGGGCGGGGUCUCAUUAGUCAUGAAUAUUAAAUAUGGAAUAAAUUAUACGACUCCAGUCAUGAUGACGAUGAUGCAUUAUUUGAGUGUUUUAUGGAACGUUGUUGUGUAAUCGAUAGAAAAACGCACAAAAAAUGUGUUCACAUGCAAAAGUGACUUCUGUUGCACUGGAGAAAAGGAUUUAAGCUUUUUCUGAGCUUAAAGUUUUAGCCAUUAUGACUUUUAUUUUUUAUUUUCUCCUUUUUUCGGUCUCUAAAUAAUCUGAGCUAUAGUUGUUACUGAAAUUGUAAAUGAUUUCGCAUUAAAACGAGGGACAUUAAAACUCAGGCACGACGCACAGAGAAAGUGCCUGCAGCGACCUCACCAUCCUCAGCUGGCCUUUAAAACCCCAGUUUCUAUCUGCUCAUGAUAUUAAUAUGAAUGUUCCACUACCAAAACAAACAAGUGCUUGUAAAUAUGUGCUCCCUUUCGGUUUAGUUUUUGUUUAAACCUGGCCAAAAAAAAAAAAAAAAAGUAAAAAAAACAGCUAAAAUUUAAAGGUUUCUGGGAACAAGAUACAACACACCAGUCGAUUAUGAAAUGUUUUUUUAUAUUUAUGGAAAUUCACCAUGUUUUUUUUUUGUCUUCUGUAUUUUGAUAUUGCAGCAGGACCAGCUUUUAUUUGUAAAAGUCGUUUUUUGUGACGUUUGUGAGGAAAAGGAUGGAGAGACGAGCGGAUUCAGUUUGAUGUAAUAAAAAUGCAAAUAGAAGAUUAAACUAUUAAAGAAACAUAUUUUUAAAUUCUUUUGCGGUGCAUGGUUGAUUUGGAUUUUUUUUUGGUGUGUUUUUGUAUUUUGCUGGAAGAAGGUUUUUUUUUUUUUAAUUGCUUAUCUAUUAUGCAUAAUCCUUAUUAGAUUUAAAGUUGUUCUUAUUAUUACUCAGAAUCUCUGCUGAUUUUUUCCUAAUGGACUUUAAUUGUAGCAUGCCUUGAAUAAAUGUCAUGACACCUGUA